AUGCUGCGGAGGAGAUGUGAGCCAGAGAGCAUCAUGGACGCCACGCCGCCGCUGCUGCUGCCGCUGCUCUCUCUGCUCCUGGUCACUCCGGUGACACCGUCGCACUACUUUGCUGGGAGGUCAAACUCCCGGUAUGAAGGAAGAAAUCCUGAUGGAAGCUGGAAGGUGGUGUUUCGCUAUAGAGCAACCUUUGAUGGCUGCAGCCGCCAUACGUGGAGUUGUUACUCUGGGAACUGUGGAAUUAGCACAGCAGGCAAUCAGAUGAGCACUCUUGACUCCAGCACAAAUGCUCCAGUCCACAACAUACGAUGGUGUGAGACGGAGACUCUGUCGGUGAGAAACGUCCCUUCUGACAGGCCUUUCUCGUUGCGGACUGCAAGCUGCUGUUGGAUCCCCACCCGAUACAACCACUGGUCCUGGAGACUUCUGACCACUGUAGAUCUGGGACAAAGAUCUGACACCAGAAAACCAAACAGAUCUCCAGACGUUGCUAUCCUACCAUUCCUCAGAGUUCCUCAGAACUGCCCCCGGACAUAUCAGCUCAUUCCUGUUGAUCCAGAUGAUGACCAUGUGCGUUGCAGAUAUGGGAAUAUGAGAUAUGUGGAGUGCCAAGGCUGCCACCAGUAUCCUGGGUUUCAGUUAGACCAGGACUCCUGCAGGUUGCGCUACCACCACACUACAGCUGGCACCAAAGUUAACGGCUUUGAAAUGGUGGUGGAGGAUUUCCCUCGAGAGACGAUAACACUGACUUACACGGAUGGAUCCCGUUCAACAAGGUUUCCACCUCACUUAAGAAGGAGAAGAGAAGCUGCUUCCAUAACAUCAUCCCCACCAAGUCCUCUCCCGCCUUGGCAGGGAACAACCACGAGUCAUUUGCCUUGGUGGCGGGUCACUCGACGUUCGACAACCACACUAUCACCCCCAACAACUGCUCCCUGGAGAAAUCCUCAUUGGUUGAGAACAACUCGCCCUUGGUGGUGGAAUCCUCGAUACACAUCAACCACGCCUAGAGCGACCACAAAUUACAUCACGAGGAACACUCAGCCGCUGAGCAAAGCGCCUUUGCAGUUCUCUUUUCUUGUGGACCCACCGGUGCCUACUUGUCAGGAGGGUGUCUACCUACCGAGGUUGUUGUCCCCAACGCCGCAAAAUGGAGCUUGUAUCCAGGCAGAGGUGGACGAGGUUUUGGAGAUCACAGUUAAGGCACAGUCCUCAUUAAGCACAAUAAUUGACAUCAUCUUCAGUGGUCCCAACGGCAUGACAAAACACCAGACAGCAGAUGGAGAGUUUGCCCUCAGAUGGGGCCCCACAUCGGCAGAUAUGGCAGUGAACGUUCCACUGUGCUUUGCGGUUGAAUCAAGAGACAGCUCGGCUUACCCCCAGACCACCACCCAUAUGUACUAUAAUCCCUAUCGCCCCAGUCCAACACCACGGAUCUAUCAGUCUGAAAUGAGAUGCAUCACGAUUCAGGUUCAGGACGCCAUUGUCCGGCGCGAGGUUUCCUGCGGCCAGACCUCAAUGACCAUUGCGAUCGAGAAAGCUUCACUCCCAGGUCUUCAUGAGGAUCACCUGAGGCUCACAGACCCUUCAAACGUGGCCUGCAGCUUCCAAAUACACUCUAACCACACGCACGCCGUGGCCACCUUCCCCCUGAACGCCUGUGGCACCCAGAUCGAGGAGAACAGCGAAAACCUCAUUUUUAAGAACGAGGUCACGUCGGUGGAGAAUCAAACGGCCCUGAUCACCAGGAAACACCUGCUGGAGCUGGACUUCUUCUGCGAAUACCCGAAACAUGGGAACGUGACGCUGGGCUUCAAAACCCAUCGGAAGAACGUCACCGUCUGGGAGAAAGGUUUUGGAACCUUCACCUAUGGGUUUGAGUUCUACAACAGCACCUAUGGAGCCAUGAUCAGUCCAAGCUUGUACCCAGUGGAGGUCAAUAUUGGCUCGCAGAUCUACAUGCAGAUCGAGGCUUCCUCUUCGGUCAACAACACUGAGCUGUUUGUGGAGUCUUGCCGAGCUUCACCGUACGACAGCCCCAGUUACACACCCACCUACCCCAUCAUUGAGAACGGAUGUGCCGUGGACCAGACGGUCAUGAUUCACACUUCCGCUCAUCCGAAUCAGUUCAGGUUCAGUAUGGAAGCCUUCAAGUUCAUCGGCAUGCAUGACCAGGUCUUCAUCAGCUGCUCCGUCCUCGUCUGUGAACGAGGAAACCCGAACACCCGCUGUGCCCGAGGCUGUCUUCAUUCUGGCGGGCACUACCGGGGCAAAAGAGAGGUCGGCAUCCAGACUGCAAACCACUUCAUCUCGCAGGGUCCCCUCCGCCUCAGGAGGUCAGCAGAGGGCGCCACAAUCCCAGGUGUCAAGUUGAACCUGAACUUGGUCUUCAUUGUCGGAGCUGUCCUCGCUGCCGUGGCCGUGGUCAGUGUGACGUCAUACCUGAAGAAAAGAAUCUCCAGCGUCAAAUAUCAACCCUUGCCCAUGUCUGACAACUAACAGGACCAUGAAAUUGGAUUUGUCUUUGAUCAAACCCAUAACUGAAAAUCAAACACCUCUUUCACUGUCCUUUAUUAAACAUGUACGGCAGCAUUUCCAGGUUUCUGUUGAUGUGAUUUACUCUUUAUUUGAUCAGUGUCAGAUAUGCCAUUCACAAGUAAAUAAAUAAAGUGAUGAAAAGCU